UGCAGUCAGCGCUUGUACCCUAAUUGCACAAAUAGACGCGCAAGUACAAUCAGCUGUUGGCUUUUUGUUUCUGCAAACUGUUGCAUGCAUGAACGCAGUAUAAAGCGGAGUCUUUAUGCUGCUCUCAGAAGAGGCCUAAACUCUUAUCUAAGUGCGUUCUUUGUGAAAGCAGCAGGUUACACACACAGUAACAUCCAGCAGAGUAUUUUUAUGUCGUCCAGCCCCGCUGAGGGUUUCGGGGAAGGGUAGUUCAGCCCCUUCAGACCUCCCAUUGGCUCCAACUACAGUUACUUCUCCUGCAUUUCUUUCUGGUUGACGACGACAGAGCUUGUUCCAACACAAGAGUGGCCACAUGUUGUUAAAAGCACUUGGCUCAGGGACUUUUCUCCCUUAACAAAUCAUAGUAUUGGUUAGCCUGAAUAUCCUCAAACCCCAAAAAAGGAAGAGUUUAAAAGUAGCCCUGUCAGAAAGGGACGGGCAGAGAAACCAACACCAGGACUACUGGAAACUCUACUCCUCUCUUGGACCGUGCUGUCAGCAUGAUGGAGAAGCCUGCGCUGGACGGCAACGAGGACAGAACCUGGCUGGGUGAGGGCCAGUCUGAAACUCAGCUUACAACUGUGAAUGGUCAAGAUGAAGCUGAGGCAAAUGACCGGCCAGCAUGGGACUCUAAGAUCCAGUACGUGUUGGCCCAGGUGGGGUUCAGUGUUGGCUUAGGGAACGUAUGGAGGUUUCCAUACCUCUGCCACCAAAAUGGAGGAGGGGCCUUCAUGCUGCUGUAUGUUUUUCUUUUGCUGGUUGUGGGAGUUCCGCUUUUUUUUAUGGAGUUGGCAGCCGGCCAGAGCAUUCGACAGGGCAGCAUUGGCGUAUGGAAGCAGAUCUCCCCAAAGCUGGCAGGAAUCGGCUACUCCAGCUGCAUGGUCUGCUUUUAUGUGGCCCUUUACUACAAUGUUAUCAUUGCAUGGAGCCUGUUCUACUUGGGUAAUUCUUUUCAGUAUCCGCUGCCAUGGAACCAGUGUCCAAUUGAUAUAACCACCAAUGACACAGUCAAAGAAUGUGCAAGCAGCUCCCCAACGUCAUAUUUCUGGUUUCGGAAAGCCCUUAACAUCACAAAUUCCAUCGAAGAAUCUGGAGAGUUUAACCCCAUCAUGACAGGCUGUUUAUUAGCUGCAUGGACAAUCGUCGCCUUAGCUAUGAUCAAGGGCAUCAAGUCUUCUGCGAAGGUGAUGUACUUUUCCUCAGUCUUUCCCUAUGUGGUGCUCUUUAUUUUCCUCAUCAGAGGGUUGAUGUUGGACGGUGCAAUGGAAGGAAUCACCUAUAUGUUUUACCCUAAACUGGAAAUUUGGGGUCAUGUGCAGGUGUGGCGGCAGGCUGCUACACAAGUAUUUUUUGCCCUCGGACUGGGUUACGGCUCUGUUAUCGCAUAUUCCUCUUACAAUCCAGUACACAACAACUGCCACAGGGACGCGCUGAUGGUCUCCGGCAUCAACUUCAUGACAUCUGUGCUGGCCUCGCUAGUGGUUUUUGUCGUACUAGGUUUCCGUGCCAAGACCAUUGCACUACGCUGCGUGGCUAAAAAUCUUGGUCUACUAAGCACCAUGAUGUCCCACGGAUCUAACCAGCACUGGUGGCCUUGGUUUAACAUGACAGAUCCAAGCUCUGUGUCUAUAGCUGAAUACAGAGAGUGGUACGAACACUACGGCUCCCUGGUGGGCACUAACAUCACUGACUGCAAUCUGGAGAAGGAGAUGAAUGAGGGUGUUGAAGGGACAGGCCUGGCAUUCAUAGCAUUCACUGAGGUGAUGGCCCUGUUCCCAGCCAGUCCCUUCUGGUCUACACUGUUUUUCCUAAUGCUGCUCAACCUGGGCCUCAGCACCAUGUUUGGGACCAUGCAGGGAAUCCUCACACCUCUCAUGGACAAUUUCAACUUGUCUGGACACCAACGGACCCUUCUCACUGUGUCAAGCUGUAUUUUGGGGUUCUUGAUAGGACUGUUGUUUACUCAGCGCUCGGGCAACUAUUUUGUGACUAUGUUUGACGACUACUCUGCAACCCUACCAUUAGUCAUUGUAGUGGUCUUUGAAACCAUCAGUGUGGCGUGGGUUUAUGGAACAGAUCGCUUCCUGGAUGAUAUUGAAGUCAUGCUCAAAUGGCGCCCUCCGGUGUUGUACAAAUACCUUUGGAAAUACGUUUGUCUACUGGCGAUGAUCGGUCUCUUGGCUGCUAGUUUCUUGCGUGUGGUCUUCAAAAGGCCAACAUACACCGCCUGGGAUCAAAGCACAGCCUCUGAGACGACUCUAGAGUACCCGGGCUGGGCUCUGGGUAUGAUUGUCAUGCUCAUAGUCAUUGCCACCUUGCCUGUUCCUAUUGGCUACAUCCAUUCCAUGUUGAAAAACCGCAGGUCCCCUAACACUCAGUCUGAGGAGGGAAGUGGCCAGGAGAUGCACCGUGAGUUGUACACAAAGUGCAGCUCCACUGAUCAGCUGGAUACCAACUCUCACCAAGCUGCCCCUGAGGAAGACGACGCUCGUCCCAGGAGUACUUUCCUUCCCAUGGGCAAUGAACACUACCGGCUCCUGCCCCAACAGGAGGAGGAAGAUGAGGAACAAGAUACAGGAGUUUGAACACGUCUGUGGGAGGGUAGUUGUUCGUGAAAGGACAAAAUGUUGAACCUCAGAGAGUGUAUAAGCAAGACCCUGCAAGAGAGAUCGCAAAGCGAAGGAAGAACAGUCAUAAACAGAAGUAUUCUUCAUCUGAGGAAGAGACUUUGGGUAGCACCCUUUUAUCAUAUUUGGCAAGCUCCAUGUUGCUGAUAAGCCAAAGUCAUUUUAACAAUUUAUAUUAUUGAAUGAACAUUACCAGUCUAAUCAAAAGCUUUUUAGAUUUUGUAGUCAUGAAACUCUAUCUAAACUCAUCCUUGUGCAUCACACCACCUCUUCAGAAAAUGAAAACACAAAAAAGCAAUAAGCUGCUGUAACUGGUAAAACAAACACUUUUAUGGAAGGUUUUAAAGUAGGAAAUUUGACACCAGCCACGAGUAUUUUGGGUUUAUCUACUGCCUCUGCCAGCCUGAUAUCAUGUAGGGGUCAGAACUGAGUGGGCUGGGAGUGUGAGCAGCUGGUGAGUUAAGAAACGCAGCAACUGACAGAAACAUGCUUUAUGUUGACUAUUUUUUAGCUACAUGCCAAGUAUGGAUUUGCAUGAAAACAUUCUACCUUGAGCAACUGUGAUAUGUUUGUUUGCAUGUCUGUGUGGUUGUGUUUUUAGAUGUGUGUGUGCGUGCGUGUGUGCGUGCGUGAAAUGAGAGAUGUUAUUAUGACAGUAAAAUAACUUUAUUGUACAUUAUAUUUCUAUGAUUUUACCUCAUAAGAUCACAGCAAUGUUUUUACAUGUGUUCACACAAAGUGUUCAGUGUAGCAGUAUUGCACUGUACUAGAUGAGGACGUGAAUAAACCUCUAGAUGGCAGCAACCUGACUCUGUGCUU